AUGCCUCUUAGAAUUAGAUCAUUAGCAAUUGCUUUCGUCUUGACCCAGGUGCACUAUGCAGUAUUCAAGCCCUUAGCUGUACUUCCUUACGAUUCCCAGACACAUAAAGCAGCUGCAAAUGCUGUUGCCCCGGUCCGAACUGUUGUUCUAGCCGGUCAGCAGAAUCAGCUUGGGAAAACUCCACUGGCCGAUCGGAAGAUUGCUUCUAGCUAUUGCACUUUCCUUUCGGUAGAUCUAACCGCACGCGAAGUCCGAGAGCAGAUACUGUAG